ACUCACUACCCCUGGGUGGGAUCAGAGGGAGGAUGGAAGGCUGGGCAGCCUGUCACUCCCCUCUGGCCCUGGUAGGUGCGAGCAGCUGGCUUGGUGCUCCUCUCAGCUGCGUGCAAUGGCUUCAGGACUGCCUAGCACUGCCGGCCUGGCGCGCUUCUGCCAGAAGCUGAAACGGCUGAAGCCGCUGGAGGAGGCCACCAUGGAGACAUCACUGCAGCGCUGCCUGUCCGCACUGGACCUGACCCUGCUGGGAGUGGGGGCCAUGGUGGGCUCGGGCCUCUAUGUGCUCACCGGUACCGUGGCCAAGGAGAUAACCGGACCGGCCGUGAUCGUGUCCUUCACUGUGGCCGCCGUGGCCUCCCUGCUGGCGGCCCUGUGUUACGCGGAGUUUGGGGCACGCGUGCCCCGAACAGGCUCUGCCUACCUGUUCACCUACGUGUCCAUGGGCGAGCUGUGGGCCUUCGUCAUUGGCUGGAACCUGGUGCUCGAGUACGUCAUAGCUGGUGCUGCUGUGGCCCGCGCCUGGAGCGGCUACCUGGACGCCAUGUUCGACCACCACAUCCGCAACUUCACCGAGGCCCAUGUAGGCACCUGGCAGGUGCCCCUCCUGGCCAAAUAUCCUGACUUCCUGGCUGCCGGCAUCCUACUUUUGGCCUCCACCUUUGUCUCCUGCGGAGCCCGUGUCUCCUCCUGGCUCAACCACACCUUAUCUGCCAUCAGCAUGGCCGUCAUCCUUUUCAUCAUCAUCCUGGGGUUUGUCCUCGCCCGCUCACACAACUGGGGCGAGGAGGAGGGCGGCUUUGCGCCCUUCGGCUUCUCCGGUAUCAUGUCCGGCACCGCAACCUGCUUCUACGCCUUCGUGGGCUUUGACGUCAUUGCCGCCUCUAGUGAGGAGGCCCGGAACCCGAAGCGAGACGUGCCCCUGGCCAUUGCCAUCUCGCUUGGCCUCGCGGCCAGCGCCUACAUCCUGGUCUCCACUGUGCUCACCCUCAUGGUGCCCUGGCACAGCCUGGACCCUAAUUCAGCGCUCGCUGACGCCUUCUACCAGCGGGGCUACAGCUGGGCUGGCUACCUCGUGGCGACUGGCUCCAUCUGCGCCAUGACCACUGUCCUGCUCAACGGUCUCUUCUGCCUUCCCCGCAUCAUCUACGCCAUGGCCGCCGACGGGCUCUUCUUCCAGGCGUUUGCCUACGUGCACCCCCGGACACAGGUGCCUCUGGUAGGCAUCCUGGUGUUCGGGGUUCUCACAGCUUUGGUGGCGCUGCUGCUGGACCUCGAGGCAUUGGUCCAGUUCCUGUCCAUCGGCACACUGCUGGCCUACACCUUCGUGGCCAUCAGCAUUAUCGUGCUGCGAUUCCAGAAGGCCCCCCUGUCCAGUUCCCCAAGCCCAGCCAGCCCCCGCCCUGCGGCCAAGGAGUACAACUCCUUCUCAGAUCACAUAGAGCUGGUGGGCACCGAGCAGGUCCCAGCCCCCGAGCCUGGGCAGCUGCGGCCAGCCCUGAGGCCCUACUUGGGCUUCCUGGAUAGGUGCAGCCCUAGAGUGGCCGUGGCUUCAGGGACCUGUGUCCUGGUGGCCUCAGCCAUCACCCUGGGCUGUGUGCUGAUCUUUGGGGACUCAGCCCUGCACCUCCCUCGCUGGGGCUACAUCCUGCUGCUUCUGCUCUGCGGCAUCAUGUUUCUGCUCAGUCUCCUCGUCCUGGGGGCCCACCAGCAGCAACGCCAGCAGGACACCUUCCAGAUCCCCAUGGUGCCCCUGAUUCCAGCCCUGAGCAUCCUCCUCAACAUCUGCCUCAUGUUGAAGCUGAGCUACCUGACGUGGGUGCGCUUCUCCAUCUGGCUGCUGAUCGGUGAGUGGGGGGCCAGGCUGGUGUCCUUGGCCGGCUGCAGGAGGAGGGUGAGGAGGGCGAGCAGGGCUGGGACCUGCUGUUCAUGCUCACGCCACCCCUGCAGGACUCUUGGUAUAUUUCGGCUACGGCAUCUGGCACAGCAAGGAGAACCAGCGGGAGCUGCCAGGGGUGACCAUCACACGCUAUGUGGUUUUCCCUAGCGGCAGCCUGGAGGAGACAGUGCAGGUCGUGCAGCCCCCCAGCCAGGUGCCAGCCCAGGAGCCCAGUGGUCCAUGAGAGCUGC